CUUAAACUGCCUCUGCCCAGACAGAUCAAACAGUGGGGGUUAAAGAGGUGGAGGGCAGCUUUUAGUAAGAGGAUUGCUUUGGAUCACAAGACUGGAGGAAUUACCCAUAGGGGACAGAGCACAAAACUGUGACCGGGGGCGGGGUGACUAGUGUAAAACAUGCUUCAAGUUUGCAGUGAUGCAUGGGAAGACACUUUGAUAUAAGCGCCAGCUCAGUAGCCACAGGGUUGACUAGGACAGAGAGCGCUGAACUCCACCCCAGCCUGCCUCUCCUCUUACUUAGAAGUGUCAUGCUCAUGACGAUCUGUGGGCAGGAAGUUUUUUUCAAAAAAGACAAGAACCUUUUUUUUUUGAGUGUGUGUGUCUCCUGACACUUUUUGUGAGCUGUGAGCCUCCAGAUUCUACUGCUGUUACCAAGAUUAUGAAAAAUGGAUUGUGAGAAGACACACAUAAAGGUUGUUGGAAGCCAGAGCCUGGCAGCUUUUUUCUGGACUGGAUGUCAUUUCAACCAAGGGUACACUCACUCACAAGUCAACUUAGAGUGGCCAACACACCUAACAGCAUGUCUGUGAACACCUGAAGAAAAUCAACAAGCCAACAGAUCGAAUAGGCAAGCUCCCUUCAGAAGGUACCCCAGUCAGGAUUUAAACCAGAGUCGAGGUUUAAAUAUGUGACUAUGUAAACUUGGAGCAAGCAUGCUACUACAUGCAAUAUGGAAUUAUGCAAAACAUUGAACACAGUGGUGACAUGAUUCUCAAAUAGGAACUAUUUCACCCAUUGGGAUGGAGACCAUACAGGUGGAGCAGUCUCCAACAUCACAAUUAGAAGUGCCAGCACACUGUUUUGACUAUCUGGAGCCCUUAGACUGUAUGUUGACAUCUUCUCCUUCAGAUUUCUUGGAUGUUGACCUGGAAGACAAGAUGAGAGGAGAGGAUGCCUUUUUUGUUACAGAAAAUGAGUUGAAGGAAUACAUGAUAGGGGAUGAGGAAGUCAAAGUAGAAAGCAGCAAUGAAGCCUUUCUUCAAGAGCCUGACUCCAAGCAUCUGAUGGACACUGAAAAAAAUGUCUUCACACACAUUGAGUCUGGUCUCUUGUUGGACUGUGAAAACUUUUCAUUUCCAAAUCAAGACCGCCAGGUCACAAUCGUCAAUGAACCUGUCAUUUUGCCAACUGAUCUAAAACAAAUGAUAACACAGGAGACUCCUGUAGACUUUACAUGUAAUGAUAAAAGUCAUGUGCCUAAUGACCAGUCAGAAUCCAUAUCAUUAGAUACACAAGGUCCAUUGCACAUGAGCUUUAUGGAUUGUGAAUCUCUGGGCCAAUGCUUGGACCACCUUGAAAUGACCUGGACUGACAAUCCUUUAGUGGCACAGGAUGUUGGUAGUGAACAGUCCACCUUUAGCAGCAAGUCUGAAACGAAGACUCAACUUCCUGAGGGAACAUGGCUCUCUGUAGUCAAGCAGUGUGAGAGUAUUUGUUACACAGAAACAGACCAUUGGACUAAUUGCCAAGUGACUUGUUCUGAGGUCAACAGCCAGGUGACUUGUUUUGAGGUCGGUGGAACAGAGAACAGCAAUACUGAUACUGUAAAAAUGGACAUUCCUGCUGUACCAUGUCUGCCACCCAAGGAGAGAAGGCUAAUAGUCAAAGAACAAGUUGAGGAGUUGGAUUCACCUGCUUCGGAGAAAUAUCCAGAGGAAGAAUUUAUCGAGUGCGGGUCCUUGACACCACCUGAACACACCUCAGAUUCGAAAGAUAGUAUAGGCCUUCCCAGUGAGGGGCUCCUCUUUUGUUCUUCAAGUUUGUCCAUUGUAUCAGACAUUCUGGAAGAUGAACUGGAAGAAGAACAAAGAGUCUUCGGGGAGGAAGCUAAGCAGGUGGCACAAGAGGUAGAUCCAGAAAAAGAAGUAGGCCUGCAAGAUGAGGGGGUCCCCCAAAGCAGCCAGCAGCCCAUGUUAAAUACAGAGACCACACUGUGUGCCCAGCAAGAAGCAGAAAUGGAACCUAAAACUCACUUUGAGCAGCUGGACACCACCAACCAGGACCAAACAGAAAUCAGCCUGGAUGAAACAAUGACGAGCAAUGGCAAGGAGGAUGUGCUGGAGGAUGUGAACAGGGUCUCCAGUGACCUUCCAACAGUGAAAGUGAGUUUGGUAGCAGACUCUCCUACCCAAAAAGAUGAGCCUGUACCUUCAGCUCUCCCACCACCGCCUGCAAAUCAAGUGGCCUGGGAAUCGGCUCAGCAGUUGUCCUGCCGCCUCUAUAAUCUGGAUGGGUUCAAGAAGGCAGAGGUGGCGCCAUACCUCUACAAGAACAAUGACUUCAGUAAGACUGUGGCUGAGGAAUAUAUGAAAAAUUUUGACUUUUCUGGACUCACCCUGGAGCAGGCAUUAAGAUCAUUUUUGAAGGUAAUUGUGCUGAUUGGGGAGACCCAGGAAAGGGAGAGGGUUUUGCAGCAUUUCUCCGUCCGCUAUCAUACCUGCAAUCCAAACUCCUUCAAUUCUGCUGAUGCUGUCCUCACACUCACCUGUGCCCUUAUGCUGUUGAACACAGAUCUUCAUGGCCAGAAUAUUGGAAAAGCCAUGACCUGCUCUAGUUUUGUUUCAAAUCUCGAUGGGAUGAAUGAUGAGGGAAAUUUCCCCAAGGACCUGCUGAAGAGUUUAUACAACUCCAUAAAGAAUGAGAAGCUUGAAUGGGCCAUUGAUGAGGAGGAGUUGCAAAACACUUUGAUGCCUCAAGGAGAGGAUUCAGUAGAUGGCCUGGCGCGUAAUAAAAGCAACCCCUUCCUGGACGUGGCCCAUGACCAGAAAGCUAAGGUGUACAAGCAGGGCUUUCUGACGCGCAAGGCACAUGCAGACAUUGAUGGGAAAAAGACACCCUGGGGCAAGAGAAGCUGGAAGGUUUUUUAUGCAGUUCUAAAAGGAAUGGUGCUUUAUUUGCAAAAGAAUGAAUGUAAGCCCAACUGGCAAAACUCUGAGGAGGUGAUCAGUGUGCACCAUGCCUUGGCUGAGCAAGCAGUGGACUACACCAAGAGACCCAACGUGUUUCGCCUGCAGACCGCUGACUGGAGAGUCUUCCUUUUCAAAGCAUCGAACACUGAACAGAUGAACUCGUGGAUCUGUCGGAUUAAUCUGGUGGCUGCUCUCUUUUCAUCGCCUCCAUUCCCAGCGGCUGUUGGGUCGCAGAAGAAAUUUGUGAGGCCCAUUCUCCCAGCGGCCCAGUCCAAAAACACACAGGAAGAGCAACUGACUGCUCAUUCAUCCUGGCUAGAGAUUUUCACCGAUGACCUUGAAGACCACCAGCAGAAUCCACCUGAAGGGAAGAAAGGUCGCACACGUGACUUGGAUCACAGAGUUAAAGAAGAGUACCUGCAAUACGAGAAAUGCCGAUAUGAAGUCUAUGUGAAGCUGCUACAGGCUAAGAAGAAGAUGCUUACUGAAGACCUGGAUCAUUUUGACACCUUGGUGUGUGAUGCGGUUGAAACUGAAGAUGUCUCACUUCAGAAAUCUCAUUCCAGCCCAUCACUCAACCUGGAGUCAGCUGCCCCAAUAGUCAAAGUUAAAAGAAAUAUUUCUGAAAGACGUACCUACAGGAAAAUAAUUGUGCCACGUCGAAACAGGGACCUGCUUUGAUGAAGAUUCAUGGCAGUAGUGUGCUCACUGUUUUUCCACAGCAAACAAUUGUUCCCACAUAUAAACAGAAGUGUCCAGUAAGUCUUCCAUUUGCACUUGACACCAUACCAAAACUUGCCAGCUGUGAUGGAUUUCUCUUUUUUAUAAGUCUUCUAGGCAUAGCUUAAGUUCACUUAUGGCGUAUCUAGAGAUAGAAGAUCAAUGAUCAUACAAAGAAACAAGAAAUGCAGUGAAAGUUUUAAAAAUUUCACUCCCCAAAUUUAAAUGAUUAAAGAAAUCGCUUUCAGACAAUCUCCUUUGGCCAAACUGACUUUCAAAAAGAGUGUUCUGUCAACCACUAACACCCACCAUAACCUUCUUUCACAAUACCAUCCAUUCUAGUCAGAGUUAGGAGAGAAAUGGGGCAUAAAACAGCAACCAGCUCUGGACAAAUGGCCAGUGACCACAGGUCUGUGCCACUGUCUGACACUUUACAAGCAUCAAUAAACAGCCUCUUUUUAUUUGGUGUAGUUCCCUGAUUCUGUGACAAUGCAUGGUUUGAACCAAGCAACCAUCCAUUUACCAGACAAACUAACCUUAUUUUAUAAAAAGCCUUUCAAUAGUGAACACCAGCCCCAGGUACUUUUCAAGAAUAGCACUAGAGUUCAAUGAUUGUCAUUUAUAAUCUGAGGUUGAGCACAGGCUCAUAAAUUGACUUGUUCAGGGUCACACAGUGAACCAAGGGUAGAUACUGAACUGGCAGUCUUCUGCUUUAUAAAUCAAUCCUUGAGUUGCUACACCACAUAGCCUAGACAGCGAAAGAGGUCCAUUUUCUUUAGUGCCUUUCUAUAGUCAACAACAUCCCAAAGUAUUGAACAAAUACAGACCCUAAAUAGUUCUGUUGUUUUUAUAUACAUUUUACAACAUACAUAUAUAUAACACACAAUUUAAAGAUCACAGUUUGUAGGUUGCAUGACUCACACAAGGUCGAACAACUCUGAAAAUACAGAGAGUGAACUGAUGAAUUUCAUUAUUUAUUUAUUCUUUUAAUACAAUUCCAAUGUCUUAGCCACUAGGUCAUCCUCCCUAGGUAGCUAAGUACCCUUUCUAUGUAGUGCCUUCCAAUAACGAUCACUCUACCACAAGUCUUUUAAUAUUUUUAAUUUUUUUUUACAGCUGUAGGAAAAAUAUUUGUAUGUAUUUUCUACCAUUGGAGCAUGGCUCAGCUUCACACACACAUUCACCUUCACUAAAAUAAGGUAAAUAACAUGGUUAAGGCAUAAAGCUUGCCUGUUAAAAUCCUACAUUUAAAAUGGGCAGAUCCCCUUAUGGAGUUCACCCUUGGCGUAACACUUCAACGUCAUUAACCUGCACUGAAAACAUGGCCACAUAACCAGGUUUCUCACCAAGAAAUGUACAUUUGUUAACGUGGUUUCUCAGAGACCAUCAUCCUCAAUAGUAAGGGUUUAUAUUGCAUUUUUGAAAUUGGGUUUCUGUAAAUAACCAAGUUAUUCAAGUGUAUACAAACACACUCACGGGGAGACAGAGACCUGGCAGCCUUACAGUCUGUACUGCACAUCUUAACCACUAGGGGUGGGCGGCCAGACUGCCCGCCCCAUUUGGAGUUGCCUAACUAGCUACUUGUUCUCACUAAUACAGUGGUAGAAUCUCUGCGCUGUGAAUGUGGGUACUAUCUGGCUUGUCUCUCUUGUGAAGAAAGCAUUUUAAGUCAAUUACUUGGAAAGAAAUGCCUGGAAAACCAUAUCACCACCAAAUAAAUACCCAUCAGCCAGUCAUUUAGAUGAGCAAUUAAAAGUUGUGCCUUCUCUAUUGGCUCUUACCUUUUCAGCACAGCAAGGGCCCAGUAGGUUCACAGCAGUGGAGGCCUGGUGCUAAUGGGCUGUUGCACUCUGCCUUUAACAAAAUGGUCAUGCAUUGUAUGCUUUGGCUAGUCAUUUUCACGUGUUCAUGAUGAUGUUCAGCGUUCUUCUAUCGGUAAAAACAGCUGAAAGACAUUUCAAACAUAAAAAUUCUGGGAACGAUUCCUCCUGAAAAACAUUUUGUUCAACUGAGCUACUCUCUUCACCCUUUAUGUAUAUGAAGGGGAUUGCUUUGGAGAAACCUUCAGCUUCAGAACUGUUGAAUGGUGAACAUUUUCUUUCUUGUUACUUCUGAAUAUUCAUCAUUGCUGGUUGAGGAUGUUACGGUCACUUUAUUUGUGGGUUCAUCAUCGUGUUCAUGUUUGGACGACAAACAGCCAACUGUUCAGCCCAGCGUAACCUCUAAAGCCUUAAUCAUGUAAUGUUUCUAAAAAUAUUAUCAAGAUAAUAUAAAUUGGAAGUUGGCUGUGACAGCAUAAACAAAUACAAUAUGUGCAGUGGCAUUGGAAAUAUACAUCGACAGAAGGCUAUGUGAAGACAGAGGCAGCCAUAAGUGAACAUACAGGCUCCAUGAAUCCAGACGUGAAUGCACUUUGCUUUAUCUCAGGGAUUUCUAACUUUGUGCAGGGGUCCAAAGUCAGGAUUUGGACAUUUUAUUUUUACUUUGACACAAGUAGUUAUAUCUGUAAUGUAACUCUUGACUCUUUUUUAAAUGAAGGAUUCCAUGGCUACUGUGACUGGCAUUGCUUAUUUAAAAUUAAACUUGAAUGAAUGCAGAAACCCAGA